AUACAAUACCACCAUUUCAUUAUGGUACACAUUAUUCAACAGCUGCACUUACACUUGGUUGGCUUAUUCGACUUGUUAGAACCAUUUACAACAUUUAUUUAAAUUUACAAGAAGGAAAAUUUGAUCAUGCUAAUCGAUUAUUUCAUUCAAUACCAUUAUCAUGGCAAAAUUGUCAACGUGAUUCAUCAGAUGUUAAAGAAUUAAUACCGGAAUUUUUUUCUCUACCUGAAAUGUUAACAAAUUGUAAUCAUUAUAAAUUAGGACGAACCGAAGAUGGAAUUAAAGUUGAUGAUGUUAUUUUACCUAAAUGGGCACAAACACCAGAAGAUUUUAUUCGAAUUAAUCAAACAGCAUUAGAAUCUGAAUUUGUUUCAUGUCAUUUACAUCAUUGGAUUGAUUUAAUUUUUGGUUAUAAACAAAGAGCUGUUCGUGCUGUUAAUGUUUUCUAUUAUUUAACAUAUGAAGGUGCUGUUAAUCUUGAUUCAAUAACAAAUCCAACAGAUCGUGCUGCUAUUGAAACACAAAUAAGAAAUUUUGGUCAAGCACCAGCACAACUUUUAACUGAACCACAUCCACCAAGAAAUUCAGCAAUGAAUUUAACGCCAAUGAUGUAUAAUGUGUAA